UAGAAAUUAGUGUCGCAUGAAGUGCUGUAAAUUACGGAAUUGGGGCAUCUGCACUGCGACCAUCACACUAGGGCUUGGGAACUUAAGGAAGUCCGGGGAAGGUACGGUACCAUCAGACACCACUCUACCUUGGAGUUGGAGAACUUCUCCCCUACGCCAUGUCACAUUCCAACACAACUGUCUUCACCAACCCCUCCACCUUCAUCCUGCAGGGUGUUCCUGGCCUAGAGACCGCCCAUGUUUGGAUCUCCAUCCCCUUCUUGAUUAUGUACAUCAUAGCCAUCUUGGGGAACGUCACUAUCCUAUUCAUUGUGAAGACAGAGCCAAGCCUCCAUGAGCCCAUGUACUAUUUUCUCUGCAUGCUGGCCGUCACCGACCUGGUCCUGUCUACAUGCACUAUACCCAAAAUGCUGUGGAUCUUUUAUUUCAAUUCAAGGGAGAUCAAUUUCGAUUCCUGCUUUGCCCAAAUGUUCUUCAUUCACAGCAUCUUCAUGACUGAGUCCGGGAUCUUUGUGACCAUGGCUGUGGACCGCUAUGUGGCCAUCUGCAAUCCCCUGAGAUAUUCCACUAUCCUCACAAACCAUGUUUUGACCAAUAGCGCCCUGGCCGUUGUACUGCGCGGUGUCAUACUUAUACUGCCCGUGGUCCUCUUGGCCAGGCAGUGGCCAUAUUGCGGAACCAUCAUCAUCCCCAACACGCAGUGUUUGCACAUUACCGUAGUGAGUCUGGCUUGUGCCGACAUCCACAUCAGUAGUUACUACGGCCUUUUCUUGACAAUCUGUGUGUACGGUGUGGAUGUGCUUUUCAUUGCUGUGUCCUAUGGCUAUAUCCUCAGGGCCAUCUUCCGCCUUCCCACAAAGGACGCCCGGCUCAAGACUUUUGGGACAUGCGGCUCCCACCUGUGCGCCAUCUUAGUAUUUUAUGUCCCAGCUCUGCUCUCCUCCCUCUUAUUUCGUUAUGUCCAGAAUGUUCCUCUGUAUGUGAUUGUUCUCAUGACCAACAUGUGCCUCUUGGUGACCCCCAUGCUAAACCCCAUCAUCUAUGGGGUGAGAACCAAACAGAUCCGGGACAGGCUGCUUGGGCUAGUUACACAGAAAGGCUCCUAAUGUUUGCCCCUGGGGAUCUGGCUCUCGCAGGGAGCUCUGUGUGGGGCCAGCUGCUGACGAGACUCUUCCCUGAGUCAGCUCCUGGCUGGUCACAG